AAAACACUAUAAAACGCAUAUUAGUAAUAAAAGUGGCUCCAAAGAGCCAAUAAUACUCCUAAAAAUGACCAAGGGACGGGAGUAAAUCUCUAUAUAAAAUGAACAUAUCAAUAGGCAUAUAAAAAAAUCCAAUAGUAAUAAUUAUUGCGGCAUGUGUUACCACACACACACAAAAUCAUUAACCUUUUGAUUAGCCUUUUUUGAAGGUGCAUCCCAUCCUCAGAUUACAUCAUCUAUAAGUAUCAUAAAUACAUUUCUCCAACUCUUUCCGUGGCAUAUUCCAACCCAAACGGCCAAACUCAACCACCUACAAUUGAAUAUACAAUUAGCUAAGUUAUCCUUCAAAAAAAAAUUUACUUUAACACUCAAAUUUUUUUUUUCUUUAACACAAUAUUAAACCCCAUUUUUAUUUUCUUUGCAAACCAGCAAAAUUGAACUCCACUUGUUCUUUCUAUUCAAAUUUUCUCAGCAAUAUAAUUAUAUACCAUGUGUUAUCUCUAUUUAAUUAUUUUCUUUUUUUUCUUUCUAUUGCAACAAACUUCAGCUUUAGACAAAAUUACAGCUAGCAAGUUCCUUACAGACCCUGAAACUAUAGUCUCCAGUAAUGGUGCAUUUAAACUGGGGUUCUUUAGCCCCCCUAACUCGACACACCAUUAUGUAGGAAUCUGGUACAGUAAACUCACCACGAAUAACGUUGUGUGGGUGGCUAACAGGAACAACCCUCUGACUGAUUCUUCUGGUGGAGCAAUCAGAAUAUCUGAGGAUGGCAAUCUUCGAGUCCUGAAUGCUCAAAACCAGACACUUUGGUCCUCAAAUAUUAAUGUUUCGGUCUCCAGCCAAACUAACAUAAGUAUAGCAUCAGAAGCGCAGCUCUUAGACUCCGGCAACCUAGUUUUGACGGGUCUAGAGGGCAUGAUCUUGUGGCAGAGCUUUAAGCACCCAACUGAUACAGCUUUGCCAAAUAUGAAACUUACUGUCAACAAGAAUUCUGACAUGAGGAAAAUGUUACAGGCCUGGAAUGGCCCUUCAGACCCAUCUUUUGGAAGGUUCUCGGUUGGCAUCGAUUCUUUUGCCUUCCCUCAGCUUGUCAUUUACAAUAAUGAUCAGCCUUAUUGGAGGAGUGGUCCAUGGAACGGCCACAUCUUUACUGCAAUACAAAAUAACGAGACUGAUGAUUUCAAUGAUGCUGGUUUCAUUCUUGAGAAUGACAGGCAGGGUACCAUUUCUAUAACAUAUUCUUACACUAAUCAGUCAGUGUUAUCAAACUAUGGGUUGAGCUAUCAAGGAACUUUGACUCAGCGAUGGUGGGAUGAGAGCGAAAGAAAAUGGAAGGUGGCCUGGGAAGCACCACACACAAAGUGUGACAUCUAUGGCAAGUGUGGAGCAUUUGGAAGUUGUAAUUUGAUGAAUUCUCCAAUUUGCCGGUGCUUGAAAGGAUUCCAACCAAAAAAUAAGUUAGAAUGGAGUAAAGGAUAUUGGGAACACGGGUGCAUGAGAAAAACAUUAUUGCAAUGUGAGAGAGGAAGUGGAAAAGAAGACGGGUUUUUCAGGGUGAAGGCAGUAAAGUUGCCAGACAAUCCUGCAUGGUUAAUUGGAUUGGAUGAAAAUGAAUGCAGAAACCAGUGCUUGAAGAAUUGUUCAUGUAUAGCUUAUGUAUAUGAUUCAAGUAUUGGAUGUAUGUCAUGGGAUAAAGACUUGAUUGACACGGAAAAGUUGGCUACAGGUGGGGUGGAUCUUCACCUAAAACUGGCACAUUCUGAACUAGGGAACAGCAGUGGAAAAGUAGCAAUUAUUGCAGCAACAGGGAGCUUACUAGGAGCAGCUACAGUUGUUACUCUUAUAUUCAUUCUGUGGAGAAGACAAACCCAUAAAAGACAAGGAAAGAAACUUCAGAGGAGAAAAACAGUUUCAGAUAUUCUUGGAAUAGACGGAAACCAAGAUCAAGUUGAAGAGGUUCCACUGUUUGAAUUCGAAGAGGUGGUAACGGCAACAAACAACUUCCAGGACACUAACAAGCUUGGAAAAGGUGGAUUCGGUCCAGUUUACAAGGGAAAAUUAGAAGAUGGACAAGAAAUUGCAAUCAAAAAACUUUCAAAAGCCUCGGGACAAGGAGUAGAAGAGUUCAUGAAUGAGGUGCUGGUGAUAUCUAAACUUCAGCACCGAAAUCUUGUCAGACUACUGGGCUGCUGUGUGGGAGGAGAUGAGAAGAUGUUGAUAUAUGAAUACAUGCCAAACAAAAGCUUGGACUCACUUCUCUUUGAUCCGGUGAAGAAGGAGCUACUACCCUGGAAGAAACGCUACGACAUCACUCAUGGAAUAUGUCAGGGACUCCUUUACCUUCACAGAGAUUCUAGAAUAAAGAUUAUUCAUAGAGACCUUAAAGCAAGCAACAUUUUGUUAGAUAAAAACCUGAAUCCGAGAAUUUCAGACUUUGGCAUGGCCAGGAUUUUUGGGGAGAAACAAGAUCAAGAUGACACUAGAAGGAUCGUUGGUACAUAUGGAUAUAUGUCUCCUGAGUAUGCAAUGGAAGGACGAUUCUCUGAAAAGUCAGACGUAUUCAGCUUUGGAGUCUUGUUAUUGGAGAUUGUAAGUGGGAAAAGGAAUAGUAUUUUCUGGUACGAGGAGGAUUCCCUAAGCCUACUAGGAUACGCAUAUAAAUUGUGGGAGGAGAACAAUGUUAUAUCAUUCAUUGAUCCAGCCAUUGUUGAUACAUACUUCUCCGGACAGUUCGAAGAGAUUCAGAAGUGCAUACAGGUCGGCCUAUUAUGUGUGGAGGAAUCUGCUCAAGAUAGGCCUAACAUUUCUACUGUUAUCUCAAUGCUUCGAAGUGAGUUAGCAAAUAUUCCACAUCCAAAACCACCUGGUUUCAAUCACAGUCAGAAAACUAAGGAUGUCGGUUCGUCUUUCGGACAGAGCCAACAGAGUUCAUCUACGAAUCAUACCUCUGUUGCACUUUUAAGCGCCCGAUAACACAGGGAUUGUAACUAGCUAACAUGGUUUCUUAGGCCAAUGUGGGGUAAACUAUUACUACUGUUUUUAAAUCUAAAGCUUAUUAUUAGCUCAAGUGAUGCCUUGAGUUCUUAAAGUUAGAGAAGGGAAUAUAUUAAGUGGUGAAUGAACAUGCCUUAAAAUUUAA